CGGGUUUUAAAUUGUUUACGACAUGAUCAAGAUCUUUAUUAUCCUUUAUUCAUUUACGUUGUGUUUUUAUUUCAGAACGAUGAAACCUUUGGCGGCUGGUCUCAAGGCCCCAAUCAUGCGUUUCGCUGCAAAACGUUCAAGAAGCCCCGACCCUGCCACCUUUGCCAUCAGCCCAUUCUCAACGAGGGGUCAUGUUGCAGAGUUUGCAAAUAUGUCUGCCACAAAGUCUGCGAGAGCAAGGAAGCGGCGUUACGCUAUACGGACACGAGCUGGCACAUAUUCAACCAAAGCCGCAAGCAGUCGCAAUCUCCCCAUUCGAAUUCCCUCGAAACGGAGACCAACUCCGACGAAAAAACCCCGCUAAUACCCAACGGCAAUUCGCCGCCCUCGAACACCGCACCGCCUUCGAAAGCGAGCGAUCAGGACCGGCCGGAUGGCGCCCGAGAGGCCGAUGCGAGCGCCGAAGACGCCGGCUCUUCGGCCAGCAGUAUCGUGUACGAAAAAAUCGAUAAGCUGCAGGAAAAGGCCGAUAUCGAAGGCAAGCAAAUCGUUAGAGUCGAAACCGUCGAAGUUGCGUACGAGCCCGUUAAAUGCCAUGCCGAGAUCGUUUUGCACGCUCACGAUGAGUCGCUGAAAAACGGCCAUGACUUAAAUAAGAUGCUCCGAUCUGCUUCCUACAAUGGCUUCGGAGAGGCUCUCACCAGCCAGCCGAGGUCGUCGAGAGGAAGCCACCCGAACAGCAGCGGCAUGGACCUCAGUUACGUCACCGAAAGGAUCAUCUCCAUGUGGUUUCCGGCUUCCGCGACGCCCCACUCCUACAGGCAAGGACAACAGCAGGCCGGCCACAUGCUCAGAAACAAGCACGGGGAUAAUUACAUGAUAUUUAAUUUGUCGGAGCCGAAAAGGUCGAUUAGAAACGAGCACAAAUUCGUGAAGGAAGUAGGUUGGGCUCCAGGUCUAGCGCCCCCGUUGGAGAGGCUGUGCAGCAUCUGCAAAGAAAUCGAUUCUUGGCUAUCGGGUGACCAACAUCGCAUUGCUGUAUUACAUGCAAGGGGCGACAAAGACAAAUUGGGAGUGAUAGUAGCGGCGUACAUGAAUUAUUCGAGCAUUUGCGGAAGCGCCGAGCAAGCCCUCGACAGAUUUUCGAUGAAAAAAUUCCUGGACGACAACGUCGGGCCGCUCGCUCUACCAUCCAAUAAAAGAUACAUCGAUUAUUUCGCCGGGCUAUUGUCGCACAACAUCAAAGUCAACGCGGCUCCCAUGUACCUCACGCACGUGACCGUCCUGGGCUCGCCGUCCUUCCACCAAGGCGGCUGCAAAGCUUUCCUCAAGCUGUACGAGGGCCACACGCCGGUCUACACGUCAGGAGUAUACUCAGUUUCGAGCGGCAUAAGCCAAUUCACCGUGAACAUCAACGGCGAGGGUAGAAGAGGUUUGCAAUUGAGAGGCGAUAUACUCAUAAAGUGCUACCACCGGGGCGACAUCGGCAGAGAGACCGUCUUCGCGUGCCAAUUCCACACGUGCGCCGUCUCCGAUCACACGCUGAGCUUCACGCGACAGGAGUUAGACAUCGCUUGCAAUGAUCACAGGUUCCCGCUGGACGGCGCCGUUGAGCUCCACUUUUCACCGGGUCCCGAAGGACGACAUCCCGUACCAGCUCCGACUCCUGCGGUGCCUUUCACCCACGCUGAUGAUCCCGUCACCAGGGCUGAUAGCCCUUUGCUCUUGGAGGAGUACGAUGAUUCCGAAGAAUACGACGACGAAGACGUAAAUCACACGUUCGGACCCCUAGACGGCAGCAUUUACGCUACAAUCGCGAAAAAACCGGAGCUAUCACCCGGAGCCGUCUCUAGUCCAUUGACAGUGUCGAUGGACAGUGGUAUUUCCUCAGCAGGACACCAGCCGCAAAACGCCAACACCACCGCCUCCUCGAGCAGCCCCCCACCGACGGCCCACCCGUCCCCCCUGACCCCGGAGGACCAGCACCGCGAGCUCGACGAGCUGCUCAGCGACAUGAUGCUCACCGUCCAGUCCAUUCCCGACCUGAAGCCGUCAUCGGCGACGACGGCGACGCGCGACGAGGACACCUUCCGGUUCAUCGACGACGACGACGACAAGACCAUACCCUAUCACGCGCGCCAGUCCAGCCAGCCCUUUAGUUACGGAAUCAAUGCGACCAUGAUAAACGAAAACAAGCGGCUCGCGAGCCCCAUGCUGGUGCGCAAAGCCAGCGGCAGGAGCCCCGAGGGCGUCUACAAAAGCUCGCUCAGCAGCGACAGCACGUACAAAAGCUCGCCGGGCAGCGAUAGCACGUUCAAAAGCUCGAUAAGCAGCGACGGGACGCUGCGGAAGGUCCAGGCCCAGGUGUACCCGGAGUUCGGGACGAAGGGCAACGGCUACUCGAAGAGGGACCCUUUGGACGACGUGUUUAUUAAUUCGAGUAGCCAGCCCAUCAAGCGCGAAUUCAGGGAGGAAUUUUACAGGGAGGACACCAGGCGGUACGAUCCUUUGAAAAGGAGCUUAACAGAAGGCACUAUAAGAAGAAGUCCGGAGAAAAUUACGUACAAACAAUCCAGUUCCGCUGUGACCAGUCCCUAUUCGGAUCCGGAGAGUUUAUCGCCACCCGGAGCCUUCAGGAACAACACCAAAAGCCCGGAAUUUCACGAAACAUACACGAACGGCUCUAACUUAACGUGGCUGCAACGCCAACAGCAGAAACUCAAAGAGCGCAGGGAAGUUAUGCUGAGAGAGGAGCGCCAACCGCACGAAACUCGACUACUAUCCGAAUUGAAGACUUUGCAGCACGCGAGACACAUGCGCCCCACGGCGAGCCAUCGGUUAGACGGUUACACUAGUGAUACAACAGCAUUCGCAGACGACGAUGACGAUUACACGAUUCCCCUUCACAUUAACACCAUGCAGAAAAACGGGACCCUCACCUCCGGAUCGACCAGUAACUACAGUACUCUGAAGAGCUCUUACAGCACGAAGAACGAGAGACCUUUUGUUAGCGUGAAGAGAGCGCACGAGCGAUUUCAACAGAACGGAAAUCACACCCCGGCCCAAAUACUGGCCGCCAACCCGUUGGGUCAAAUAGUGCGGCCUCCUUCUAGAGGAAACCAAGCGGACGCCGGUCUGCUAUCCUUGGCCGAGAAACAACAAUAUACUGAACACAAAACAACGGCCUACACGCAACAACAGCAACAACAACAACACCGCGAAAUGUACCAACGCGAAGACUCCUGGAAAUCCGCGACUUUGGACGAUUCGAGCCCAUCGCACAAUUCUUCACCGAGACCGCAAACGCCGGCGUUUCCGGUGCACGCAAGAACGCCAUACACGAACGCUUCGACUCCGACUGUACAGUUUGAUCUACCUUCCGAACGAUUACCUCCCAAAAGUCCUACAACCCAGCGACGAUUGAGUUUUCCAUCGUCAACGCAUAAAACUAAUUUGAAGUGGUCCCUUUCUCCCGAAAGAAAGGACCGACCGACUUCCCCCUCCGACCUGACUAACGGAUCUUCGACCGACUACUCUCACCGCAGCGUUUCAGCCACACCAACAUCAGGUUUCCGCGACGUCACCGACAACUUCCAGCACAGCCCGAAGAGUCCCAGUUACAACGGCUCUUCCUCUCCGACGGUGUACUACGGCACGUCCAGAAGAAGCUCCGUCAACUCCACCAACGAGUCUCCGCACGAAGUGUCGGCCGCCAACGUGAAAUUCGUCAGGGACACGUCUAAAUUUUGGUACAAACCGACUAUAUCCAGAGACCAAGCUAUUGCGAUGCUUCGCGACCAACAGCCGGGUACUUUCGUCGUACGCAACUCGAACUCCUUCCCCGGCGCUUUCGGACUCGCCCUAAGGGUAGCGACCAUACCCUCGAAUGUUCAAACCAAAAGCGGCUCUACGGACGACCUGAUUCGCCAUUUCUUGAUCGAACCAACGAGCAGAGGAGUUCGACUAAAGGGUUGCCAAAACGAGCCGGUAUUCAGUUCGCUAUCGGCCCUGAUUUACCAACACUCCAUUACGCAGAUGGCUCUUCCUUGCAGGCUAAUUCUUCCAGCCGACGAGCUGAGAUAUUCUGAUCAAAACGGAGUACAAUCGCAAUCGCUGUUCACGCAAGGCGCCGCUUGCAACGUGAUCUACCUCUCGACCAUCGAAAUGGAAUCCCUGACGGGACCCCAAGCUGUUAAGAAAGCCGUAAUGCAGCUGUUCCAGAAGAACCCGCUGCCUGACACCGCCAUAGUUCACUUCAAAGUAAGCGAUCAAGGCGUCACGCUGACCGACAACAAGAGGAAGCUCUUCUUCAGGAAGCACUACCCCAUCAAUACCGUGUCGCAUUGCGGAUUGGAUCCCGACGACCAUCGGUGGUUGGUUAAUUCGGAGGGAUCGAAAGCAGCGAAGAGUUCCAAUCGAAUAUUUGGAUUUGUGGCGAGAAAACCGAACGUGAGCAACCCGGAUAACCAGUGCCAUUUAUUCGCUGAAUUGGAACCGGAACAACCGGCGACGGCCAUUGUGAACUUCCUCAAUAAAGUGCUCACGUCUAGUGGUAUCAAGCCGAAUAUUGUUUAA